AUGCUGAGAGUUCCCUCCUGUCAGGAGUGCAGCAAAUCCUUCAGCAAGAAGGGGAACCUGAAGAGACACCAGAGCAUCCACACAGAAGAGGAGCUCUUCACUUGCAAGGAGUGUGGGAGGCACUUCACCCUCAAAGCCCACCAGAGCAUCCACAGAGGAGAGAAAACCCUUCUGCUGCUGCCAGGAGUGUGGGCACACACCAAGGGUGGUCCCUACCUCUGCAUCCACUGGGGCAAGAACCUGAGCACAAACUUCAACAUCCACAUGAGGACCCACACGGAGAAGGGGCCCUUCUCCUGCCCCGAGUGUGGGAAGAGCUUUGUGAGGAAAGGGACCCUCAUCACCCACAGGGAGACCCACAAAAGGGAGAAGCCUUUCAAGUGUCCAGACUGCAGUAGGUGCUUUGGGCAAAGGGCCACACUCUUGGUCCACCAGAAGAUGCAUCUCUCCGGGGGGCCUUUCAUAUGUACUGAGUGUGGGAAGAGCUUGAGCACCAAGCAGUAUUUCAGUGUCCACCAGAGGAACCACGAUAAGCAAAAGUCACUGAAGGAACACACCAAUGGUGUGUCUCUCCAGGUCAUCCAGAUUAAAGAAGAGCCUGAAUUUAUCUUCAGGUCAGAAGAGAAUGUGUUGGAAAGUGUGUUGCAUGAAGGAGAUGUAGGCCAAGAGUGUAGCAAAGCUGGAAACCCAUCUGAUCCAAAAAGCCCUUCUUGUAAAAUCCAGGUGAAGGAGGAACUGGAACCACCCACUGGUGACCCAAAAGGCAUUACUGCAAUAGCCUGCCAUAAGCUUUACAUCAAGGAAGAGCCACCAGAAAACCCAGACUAUGGGAAGUCUCUUGACCCAAAAAUCCCACUGGUGGCUUCACAGGGGAGACAGCUUAAAAAAGAAGGUGGUGUUGGGCAGCAGGAAUGGGAAGUCCCCAUGGCCAGUGACUGGGUGGUCCACUUGAAGGAAGAACCAGGGGAAAACACUAAGUUUGAGACAUGUUAUGGGCAGAAGCCAAACCUCAGUGCUACCCAGUGGGUCCAGAUUAAAGAGGAGCCUGGUGUGGGGGGCAAGCAGAAGAGGCAGAGCCCAAAGAAGAAGCAGAAGCAGAAGCAGAGCUAUCAUCCCACCAAAGAGGAGAUGCUGGAGAAGCAGGAGAAAUCCACGUGCAAGAAAGAUCCCAAAGGAGCUCCCAAGGGCCAACGGAUGUUCCCGUGUCCUGAAUGUGGGAAGAGUUUCAAUCAGAAAUCCAACCUGACCAGGCACAGGAAGAUUCACACGAGCGAGGGGCCCUACAAGUGCAGUGAGUGUGGGGAGAGCUUCCGCAUGAGCCGCAAGCUGAGCCGCCACCAACGCCUCCACCUCAGCGAGCCCUUCAAAUGCCCCCAGUGUGGGAAAAGCUUCACCCAAAGGUCCAAUCUAAUUCGGCACCAGAGGAUCCACACCCAGGAGGAACCCUACCAGUGCCCUGAGUGCGAGAAGACCUUCAACCAGAAGGCCAACCUCUUCCGUCACCAAACCAUCCACGCCCGCAUGGGGCCCUGCAAGUGCACCAAGUGUGGGAAAUGCUUCCCCCACAAACGUCACCUCAUCAAACACCAACUCCUCCACUCCCGAGGGGGAGCCUACAAGUGUGGGGCCUGUGGGAAACGCUACCGGCUCCAGAAGUACCUGAGGAGGCACCAGAAAAUCCACGCACAAGAAGGGAUGGGAUCCCCCAGCGCGGGAUGGGAGGAGGUGGCGGGGACUGGAGCUGGAGCCCAGCAGGCUGAGCAGAGGGGGAUGGAGCCCAUGAAGAGCAAAAGGGAGACCUGA